AUGACAUGCAAAGCCUCGUUGACUGAGUUUUCAAAGAAAACUGGAGACUAUCCCAGCCUCUCUGCCACGGACAUCCAAGUGCUGGCACUUACUUACCAGCUGGAGGCAGAGUUUGUUGGGGUGUCACACUUAAAACAAGAACCAGAAAAGGCUAAAGUGAGCUCAUCGAUUCAGCACCCUGAAACUCCUCUACACAUUUCUGGUUUCCAUCUGCCCUCAAAGCCUAAACCCCCACGAGAAGCAGUGGAACAUGAACACCCAGCCGGUGAGCCCGGGGACCUGGAAUUCAGUUCCUUCAUGUUCUGGAGGAACCCUUUGCCUAGUAUUGAUCGUGAUCUGCAGGAGCUGCUGAUCGACGAAGGCGAGGAUGUUCCAAGUGAGGAGGACGAGAAUGGGUUUGAAGAAAGGAAAGAUGAAGGUAGUGAUGACGAUGGGGGGUGGAUAACCCCCAGCAACAUCAAGCAGAUCCAGCGGGAUUUUGAACAGUGCACCGUCCCGAAGGACGUGCGGGUCGGCUGUGUGACCACAGACUUCGCCAUGCAGAAUGUUCUGCUUCAGAUGGGGCUGCACGUGCUGGCGGUGAACGGCAUGCUGAUCCGGGAGGCCCGGAGCUACAUCUUGCGCUGCCACGGCUGUUUCAGGACAACCUCCGACAUGAGCCGAGUGUUCUGUUCACACUGUGGGAACAAGACCCUGAAGAAAGUCUCUGUGACUGUCAGCGACGACGGGACCCUGCGGAUGCACUUUUCCCGCAACCCCAAGGUGCUGAACCCGCGGGGCCUCCGGUAUUCACUUCCCGCUCCCAAAGGGGGCAAAUAUGCUGUCAACCCUCAUCUGACGGAGGACCAGCGCUUCCCUCAGCUGCGACUCUCCCGCAAGGCCCGGCAGAAAACGGAUGUGUUUGCCCCUGACUAUGAGGCUGGGGUAUCUCCCUUUGCAGAGAACGACAUCUCCAGCCGCUCAGCUACCCUGCAGGUCCGAGACAACACUUUGGGGGCCGGGAGGAGACGGUUAAAUCCCAAUGCUUCUAGAAAGAAGUUUGUGAAGAAAAGGUGAAGUGCAAAUUCCGCAGGCAAACUGGACAGCUGCUGCCGCUGCCAAGUUCUGGGAUCUCAUUUCCACUUGCAUCUGGAUGGAAAGAACAGGCCCGGCUCCUGCCUGCUUCUCAUGACUCCUCAUGUGGAGGGUGGGCUGGGUCUGCGGUUGGACUGGGCCAUGCUGGGCCUGAGAGCACCCAGAGCUGGGGUUCCUGCCAUGUGGAGGGGGUUUGCUGAAAACAGAACCGUGCCCUGGAUCGAACCUUCGACCUCAAAAGAAGGGAACUUCCAAGUGAUAAUAUUUUUCUAAUAAAUGUGGUUGUAAACUUCUGUGC